GAUUAGCCCGAUCACCCGCUGGUAAGAUUAAAAUUCCCCAAGGCAGUGCGCGGAUACACGAUAUCAUGGACCCUUCCAUAAUGAAGCUUCUCGAGGAAGACGAGGACGAGAGUAUGCAUUCGGGGGCGGACGUGGAGGCGUUCCAGGCUGCCCUAAACAGAGACAUAGGUGGAGAUGCCUCCACUUCACAGAACUCUGAUUCAGAUAAAGUUUUGUCUCAAGGAAGCAAUCAUACUCCCAGUCAGUUACCACAGUGGGAAGCUGCUAACCAAGAUCAAAGUAUGGAAUGUCAAAUUCAACCAGACCAAAAAGGUGCCCAGCCGCUAGAACAACCUUUAUCUGGAAUGGAGCUAAAGCAACAUUCAUCUGUUAUUGAAAAUCAGCAACAACAGAGUGAUGCCCCAGAUGUUCUCAAUAAUGUCCAAAUGCCAGAGAAAAGAUCCCAAGAUGAUAGUCAACAGGGUCAGACACAAAAUAAUUCCCUACAGAAUCCCCAAACAAGUGGGAUGCAGAUUUCUGAAAAACCUUCCAUCUCAAUACAUGAGUCAGAUAGAAGACCUGGUCUAGAAGGUGAAUCUCAAUAUGCAAAAUUACAGAAAAUGAGUAAUCAACAGGCGACAAUCACUGAACAGGCAAGCAACCCAAUAAAUCGUUCUAGACCUGGGCAAGUACCAUUUGGAGUGUUGCUGCCUGUUUUACAAGCCCAACUUGAUAAAGACAGAGCCAUGCAACUUCAAACAAUAUUUGCUAAGCUAAAGAAAAACGAGAUCCCCAAAGAAGGGUUCGUCCGGCACAUGAGAGGUAUUGUAGGAGACCAUAUGCUCAAAUUGGCAGUAAUGAAAAUACAAUCACAGCCAAGUUCCAACCAAUUACAGUUGCAAUCUCAAGCUUCAGCACGGCAACACCCUCCGCGGAUGCCAUCUGCUGAUUCAAGCUAUCCAGGUAUAGAAAACAACGCUCAGAAAUCUCGAGAGGGGAAUCGACAGUCAGAUUCUCAUGGAGGGCAAGGAAGUCAAGUGCCUUCUUCCAGUGUGAGUGGCAUUAAUCCAGAAAGGGAACGAUCCUCAAUUCCUACACAAGGACUUAACAAGCAGCAGCAACAACAUUUGCACUUUCCUUCCAUUUAUGGAAGUACCAGUGGUAAUUAUAACCCAUAUUCUGGGACAAAUGUCAAUACGUUGACAUCAUCUGUCAAAACACACACACAUGAAGCACAAACAAGGCAAAUCCCACAACAUCAGAACAUAAAUUCAACUCAAUUAAGUGGGACAACACAGGCGAUGAGCAUUCCUAAGUUUGAGAGGCUAAAUUCUACCAAUGAUCCAAAGAGACUUCAGGGUGGAUCUGUUUCUCACCUGCCAAACAAUUCAACAUCACAACAGAUACCGGUCCCUUGGCAGUCAUCAACAAAUAAAGAACAAAGUUCUGCCCUUUCCCCAUCAAUGGCUGGUGUGAAACAGGAAGCAAUUGAUCAGGUUACAGAGCCGCAUCACAAACCCCCUUUUCCUCAUCCACAUGGAUUGUCUUCUCAUUCUGCUGCACAGCUUGAGCAUGGAAAUGCAACCCCUGGAACUGUAAACGAUGAGGCUUUGGAGAAGCAGUCUUCGAGGAUGGGCCUUUCGACAUCAAUGAGCAUGAUGCCUUCCAACUCAGUUUCUCCUUCCAUGGCAGCACAGUUGGAUCCUACAGUCCCAUUGGGCCCUCGGAUCCCAUCCGCAUCCUCUUCUGCUGGGACUAACUCAAGAACACCUUCCAAAAAGCCUUCUAUUGGCCAGAAGAAACCACUUGAAGCACUUGGUUCAUCACAACCUCUGCCAAGUAAGAAGCAAAAAGUAUCUGGGGCGUUUUCUGAUCAAAGCAUUGAACAACUAAAUGAUGUUACUGCUGUCAGUGGAGUCAAUCUGAGGGAAGAGGAAGAGCAGCUAUUUUCUGGGCCCAAGGAAGACAGUCGAGUUUCAGAAGCAUCUCGAAGAGCAGUGCAAGAAGAGGAAGAAAAACUGAUUUUGCAGAAAACUCCACUUCAGAAAAAACUGGCAGAGAUCAUGGCCAAAUGUGGCUUGAAGAGUACGAGCAAUGAUGUGGAGCGAUGCUUGUCAUUGUGUGUGGAGGAAAGAAUGCGUGGACUGAUAAGUAAUCUAAUAAGACUAUCAAAACAGCGAGUUGAUAUUGAGAAACCAAGACACCGUACUCUUAUCACCUCAGAUGUUCAACAUCAAAUCAUGACAAUGAACAAGAAGGCUAGGGAGGAAUGGGAUAAAAAACAGGCUGAAGCAGAGAGGCUCCGGAGACUUAAUGAACCCGAGGGUAGUAAUGGAGUGGAUGGAGAGAAAGAUAAAGAUGAAGGUCGUGCCAAGUCCAUUAAGGCAAACAAAGAGGAGGAUGACAAAAUGAGGACAACAGCUGCCAAUGUUGCUGCCCGUGCUGCUGUUGGAGGAGAUGACAUGCUGUCAAAAUGGCAACUUAUGGCUGAGCAAGCCCGGCAGAAACGUGAAGGAGUGACAGAUGCAUCUGGCUCUCAGCCAGGUAAAGAUGCAAGUCGCAAGCCUCUAUCGACAUCUGGAAGAAAAGAGAAUCAGGAUGCAGAGAAAAGGGGAAACACAGCUUCUAUUGCUGCUUUUGGGCCUCUUAGAAAAUCUGGAAGGAAUAUUGCGGCUCAAACCCGGGUGGCUCGUAGCAUCUCCGUUAAGGAUGUUAUUGCAGUCCUGGAAAGGGAACCCCAGAUGUCUAGGUCUAAUCUGAUAUAUCGCCUGUAUGAGAAAAUUCGUUCUGAUGGCACUGCUGAAUGAGUGAAGCACGGUGCAUCUUUUUCAGCUUGUAUUGCCAAGUGUUUACUCUUUUGAAUGCAAAUUCUGCUGGUGUUGAAGUAUUGUGCUCUGUCUUUUCUUAAGCUAUUGUGAUAUUCGCCAAAUGCCUUGUGAUAUUUAUUCUUGCAGAAAGCAGAAUGGCUUACCCUAGAAACAGCAGUUAGCUUGAACGAGUCAUGACUUGUAAAGGAUCCAUUUCACAACAUAAUUGUUUUUAAGUAUUCUCAUAUAUUCUCAUA